CCUCACUCUCACUCUUCAACUCACAGUUUACCAUUCACUCUUCCCUCAACCAAGAACUUAAAAACUCCCCACUCGAAAGGACGAAAGACUCUUCCCUUUCUUUAUUUUGUUGUUUUUCAGUGUUUGAAUCAGAUGGCUUUAGAAGCUCUUAACUCUCCAACAGCUGCCGCGGCCCCUUUUCAAUUUGAAGAUGGCAAUUUGCACUGCCUGGAGUCGUUUGCCAAGCGCAAACGUUCAAAGCGACCACGUUUCGACCACGUUCCCACCGAGGAAGAAUACCUUGCUCUAUGCCUUAUCAUGCUAGCACGCGGUGGUGGAGCCGACUCUACCUCCACUUUCACUAUCCCACACCGCCACCGCUCUCCUACUCCAACCACCUCGCCACCGUCAGCGCCAGCCUCGACCUCAACAGAGCAGAAACUUGGCUACAAGUGCAGCGUUUGCAACAAGGUCUUUAACUCUUUCCAGGCUUUGGGUGGCCACAAAACCAGCCACCGUAAGUUUUCAGGCGGCAACGACGAUCACUCAUCGUCAACAACUACCUCUGCAAACGCCGGCGGAGUCAGUUCCGCUGCGUUGAACCCAAGCGGUAGGUCCCACGAGUGUUCAAUCUGUCACAAAAGCUUCCCUACAGGACAGGCCUUGGGAGGCCACAAGCGAUGCCACUAUGAAGGUGGGGCUGGGAAUAGCGCGAGAGGUAACGGCGUGACGCCAUCCGAAGGAGUGGGCUCCACCAACUCCAACGGCCACAUCAGCAAAAGGGCCUUUGACCUGAACUUACCGGCUUUGGCAGACUUCUCAUCGAUUAAUUUCUUUGUUUCUGACGGUGAUGAUGAGGUGGAAAGCCCACACCCUGCUAAGAAGGCUCAUCUGUUGAUGCGGAUGCCAUCCAAAAUUGAAGUCAACUAAACAAUUAGGAAUUAAAUUAUAUGUCAGAUUCGAUGUAUUUCUUCUUUUUUUGUCUCUUUUUGGUUUGGUGAGACAAUUCUUUUCUGUACAUAGCACUUGAAGAAUUCCUAAUCUCAAUUGCCACUGUUUUUAUUAAUUAGUCAAUUCAAUUCAGUUAAUUUAAUUCCUCUUAAUUCACAACUCACCACUUAAUUUUUA